UUCUCAUUCCUAAAAAGGUCCAUCAACUUACUCACAACUAUCGUUCUCACAAUGGGAUACUUAGUCUAGCGUCUAGCAUUUUGGAUAUUCUGGCAAAAUAUUAUCCAGAAUCUUUUGAUAUUCUAGAAAAGGACAAGGGAUUAUUUCAAGGACCUUCUCCCAUUCUUCUAGAAUCUUGCAGUAUCCAGGAUGUAGCUACGAUGCUAGCGACAGGAAAGAAACAAUCAACUUCAAACAUUGAGUUUGGUGCUCAUCAGGCGAUCUUAGUGGUGAAUGACGAAUCCAGGGAUUCUUUACCCGAGGAAUUGCAGCAUGGAAUCGUACUCACGAUAUACGAAGCAAAAGGUCUAGAAUUCGACGACAUUCUUUUAUACAACUUCUUUAAAGAUUCACAGGCUGGCAAGGAAUGGAGAGUUGUGACCAGUUUUCUGGAUGAACUAAUAUCUGAAGAGAAUGAACACACAUCUGAAGAUGAAAUUGAAAGCUUUGUUGAAUUAGAUUAUGAUGCCUUCAAAGAAAAGCAAACACAAUCCAGACCAUUGCAGUUUGACCCAAUUAAGCAUAAGGCGCUGAAUACAGAAUUAAAACACUUGUAUACUGCUGUCACAAGAGCUAGAGUUCAUGUCUGGAUAUUUGACGCAGACAAGGAGAAGCGGGCACCAAUGUUUGAGUAUUUCAGAGCUCGGAAAAUGGCGAAAAAUACAACAGAAAGUAAAGAAGCAGGUGUUUUUAUGCAUGCUGAAGAUUCAACUCCGGAAGAUUGGUUUGAUCGUGGGAUGGAGUUAAUGGAAAAAUCGGUGUACAAGGUUGCAGCAAUCUGCUUCAGUCGAGGAAAUGAUUUGAAAAUGGCUAAAAUUGCUAAUUCCCAUCAAAAGGCACAGGAAGCAAUGAAGUAA